AUGUCGCUGAUAGAGAAUGAAGGGUUGGGAAGCGUUCUCAAGACCGAAGUCCCUAAGGUGGGACUGAGACACCCGUUUGUCAUGCACAGUAUACUGGCUAUCUCCGCCCUACAUCUUUCUCGGCAUUGUUCUGAACCUCGUCGCCAAGUAUACAUAGAUAUUGGGGUUCGAUAUCACAGCAACGCAUUGACGCUCUUUAUACCGCUUCUAAGUGAUGUGACCCUUGAAAACUGCGACGGUCUUUUCGCUUGCUCCUUUCUCGUCUCCAGCUUCUCUUUCGCUCUUCAAUGCCUCGAUACUCAAGCGCCCUCUAUACUUAUGAGCAAGGUAAUAGAAGUCUUCAAGUUAGUACGCGGGACGGCUUCAAUUGCGGCAAGUGCUCGGCCAUGGAUUGAACAGGGUGAUAUGCGGCCUAUUUUAAAAUUAACACAGUGUGCACAGCGAACUGCGCUGUCGAGACACGUCCAUGAAGUGCACGGUCGCCUUGAAGCUAUCAUCAAUCAUCAAGCAGAUGAGCACUGCCCUGCUCAGCUUUCGGCUAGUACUCGAGCCGUUGUUGUUCGUUCUACUGGACAUCUUCUUGAAAUUUUUGAUUUUUCUAUCGCUAGCGAUAAUCAAGCUGCCAUCCUCGCCUGGCCUGCUAUAAUAGAUGCUGAGUACUUUCAGCUCCUGCGGCAAAUAGAGCCGAUGUCUUUGGUGACCCUCGCUCACUAUGGGGCUAUUCUCCACAUCAUGACUAGUACCUGGUGGAUGGCAGGCUGGGGCAAGUUCUUGGUUAAUGUCGCUGCUGCAUACUUGAAUGAAACUGUACGGUCGGAAAUCACCUGGCCUCUAGGAAUUGUCAAUGAUACUUCUGAUACAUGA